CCGCAUUCUGGGAAUGUGAAAGUUUAAGGAUCGUGUGGGGAAAGCUAGAUUCCCAGACCCAUUUCAAAGACGCCGCACCGGAACCAGAUGUGAAUUCGACACCAGAGGACCCAUCGAAGAUGGGCAUCAUCAAUCCACGGCUCGUGCGUGCAUCUGUUACAAGGACUGGCCUCAUCGCGCAGUCACACCAGCAGCUGCGCAAUGUCGCGGCUUUCCGCAACCAAAAUCCUGGCGAAAAGGCAUCAAGCGAUGCGCUCGGUAUGGUCGGCCCGCCCAAGAGAAGGAGCAGGGCGAAUGACGGGACUGUACGAUGGGAUAAUCUAAGCGCGGGCGAGAAAGUCGUGCGCUCUGGUCAGCAAUCAUUCAACUUUCUCGUCGUCAUUGCAGGCGCAGCACUCACCGUCGGAGUCGGGACACUGCUUUACUCAGAGGUGUUUUCACCAUCGUCGAAAACGGUUCAGUUCAACCACGCCGUAGAUCGGAUUCGGCAGUCAAGAGAAUGUGUUGAUAUUCUAUGUGGACCUAUGGGCACAGGCAAACAAAUUUCAGCCUACGGCGAGACGACGUGGAACAGAUGGAACAGGAACAGACCGAUUGCGUCAAGGACGGAGACGGACAGGACGGGCACGGAGCAUCUGCACAUGCAUUUUCAUGUUGAAGGUCCAAAGAAUAAGGGAGUUGUACGAGUGCACAUGAUUCGGCUACAGGGAUCCAACGAGUGGGAGUACUAUCUUUUGGCAUUGGAUGUACCGGGAAGAGAUAGAGUUGUACUUGAAAGCAAGGAGAAAGCCGGUAUUGAUAAGAAAGGUGGCAAGAUGUUCGGCGUGAAGUGGUGGUGAAACCUUUAGGAGAACGAGAAGCUAACGCAGACAGCGAAACUUCGUGAUCCGUAUACACGUGCUGGAGCAUAGCUCAGCCCAAGAGAGGCUUCCGUACUGGGUUUCUGUACGCCUUGCUACGCGAGCAAUGAUGUACCUCCUGGUGAAGUUCCUGUAACCAUAGAGCAAUCAAAUACAUCACCAUAUCCUUCUACGA